AUGACAGCUGAAAGAAAAAGAAAAGCAAAACAGAUUAACAGCAUGACAUUGUCAUAUCCAUUGAGGAUUCAAAAGAAGAAUCAUUGCAUUGUAGAGUUCAUGGUUCAAUUCCAGUUUGCCAAGUUCAGCUUCUCCUCUACUGUACUCACUUUACAACAACAAACAGUAAAUGAUAAUUUUGAAACCUCAAAUGGCAUUUGUGAGCAAUCGCAAACACUUUGCAGGCAGGGAUUACCGAAAGAAUCAUUACAUAUUCUCCACGUUAACGACCAUAAACAGCUUAGGUUAAGUACGCACACCUAUGAAUCCCUUCUAAGACAAUGCCUUUACAAGGAAUCUUUGCGAGAGGGAAAAAGAGUCCAUGCCCACAUGACCCUAACGGGAUUUAUCUCAAAUUUGCAUUUGGCAAUCAAACUUGUAGUUUUGUAUGCCAAGCUUGGGAGCCUGCAAGAUGCUAGACUAGUUUUGGAUAAAAUGCCGGUGAAAAAUGUCGCUCCCUGGACUGCCAUGAUUCAGGGUUAUUCAAAGGAUGGCAAUGAUGGAGAAGCCUUGGCAAUAUUUUGCGAAAUGCAAGGGAACGGAUUCCAACCUGAUAACUUCACAUUCGCAGCAGUUUUGCCAGUUUGCGCCAACUUGACCGCCAUUGAAGAAGGGAAACAGGUGCAUGAAGAUAUAGUCAGAAGGGGUUUACAGUUUGAUGUGUUUGUGGGGAGUGCUCUUGUUGACAUGUACGCUAAAUGUGGAUGUAUUGAGAUGGCACGCAAAGUGUUUGACAAAAUGCCUCAACGAAAUGUGGUUUCGUGGACUACUAUGGUUGCAGGAUAUACACAAAUUGGGGAUGUGGGUAAGGCUAUGGAGCUCUUCCAGAAGAUGCCUGAGAGAAAUGUGUACUCGUGGAAUGUCAUGGUUACUGGGUAUGCCCAUGCAGGUUGUUUUGAAGAGGCAUUGGAACUCUUUAAGAAAAUACCCAACAGGAAAGUGGUUUCAUGGAAUGCCAUUAAUGCCAUUAUUGGAGCUUUUGCACAGUUUGGGAAGUUUGAUGAAGCUCUGAAGCUCUUUCAAGAAAUGCAAUUGGGAAAUGUGAAGCAUAAACAUGUGACUACCACCUACGUAACUGUUUUGCCAGUUUGCGCAAGCUUGGCAGCCAUGGACGAAGGGAAACAGUUGCAUGCAGAUAUAAUCAGGAGGGGAUUUCAAUCUGAUAAAUAUGUUGGGACUGCUCUUGUUGAUAUGUAUGUAAAAUGUGGAUGUAUCUUGAAUGCACGUAAAGUGUUCGACAAAAUGCUUCAACGAGAUGUGGUUUUGUGGACUGUUAUGGUUGCAGGAUAUGCACAAACUGGGGAUGUGCGUCAAGCUAUGAAGCUCUUUGAGAUCAUGCCUGGAAAAAAUGUAUAUUCGUGGACUGUUAUGGUUACUGCGUAUGCCCAGGCAGGUUGUAUGGAUAAGGCAUUAAAUUUCUUUAAAAAAACACCUAAUCGGAAUGUGGUCUCAUGGAAUGCCAUGAUCGCAGGGUAUGUGCAGAAUAGGAAGUUUCAUAAAGCUCUGAAGCUCUUUCAAAAAAUGCAAUUGAGAAAUGUGAGGGCUAACCUUGUAACCUUUACCAGUGUUCUUCCAGCAUGUGCUAAUUUGGCAGCUCUUCGCAAGGGAAUAGAAAUUCAUGGGAGUCUAGUUAGAAGUAGGCUUCCAUUUAACAUCUUUGUAUGGACAGCCCUUGUAGGCAUGUAUGCAAACUGUGGUCGCAUUAGAGAUGCCCGGAAAUUGUUCGACAAAAUGAUUAUGAGGAACGUGGUAUCAUGGAAUGUAAUGAUUGUAGGAUAUGCUAUGCAUGGGCAUGGGAAGGAAGCACUCCAAAUUUUUCAGGAAAUGCAGAACUCUGGCACAAAGCCGAACAAUGCUACCUUUGUGGGUGUUCUGUGUGCUUGUCGCCAUGCAGGGCUGGUGGAUUAUGGGAAGCACUAUUUCAGAUGCAUGAUUCAAGACUAUAACCUUGUUCCUACUAUCGAGCACUAUAGUUGUAUGGUUGAUCUUCUUGGUAAAGCUGGGUACAUGGAUGAAGCACGAGAUUUUAUCAACACCAUACCAGUGGAGCCUGAUACUGGUAUAUGGGAGUCCUUACUUGAUGCCUCUAGAAUCCAUGCCUAUGCAGAGUUGGGAGAACAUGUAUCAAAGGGCCUUUUUGGAGUUUGA